AUGAAUGCUUACAGAUUUUCAGUCUCAUGGUCCAGAAUACUGCCAUAUGGGAAGCUAAGUGGAGGUAUCAACCAAAAAGGGAUCCAUUACUACAAUAGUGUCAUCAAUGAGACACUAUCACAAGGGUUAACACCGUUUAUGACUCUCCUCCAUUUGGACUAUCCUCAAGCACUUCAAGACGAAUACGGCGGCGUUUUAAGUCAUCGCUUUGUGGAUGAUUUUCUGGACUUUUCGGAUUUGUGCUUCAAAGAAUUCGGAGACAGAAUCAAGCACUGGGUCGCCAUAAACGAGCCGCAUACUCUGAGCCGAGGGGGAUUCGCCGUCGGCGACCUCGCGCCCGGCCGGUGCAGCGGCAAUGCAAGGAACUGGACGUGCGAUGUCGGAAAUUCCGGCACCGAGCCCUACAUCGCAGCUCACAACCAGCUUCUCGCCCAUGCCGUUGUAGUUCAAUUGUACAGGCAAAAAUAUCAGGCGACUCAAAAGGGCAUUAUUGGAAUCUCAUUGAACAUAGAUUGGGCUGAGCCCUACACGUCCAGCAAGCGAGACCGAAAAGCAGCACAAAGAGCCAUUGACUUCGAUUUCGGCUGGUUCAUGGAUCCAAUAACGAAAGGCGAUUAUCCAGAGAGCAUGAAGCAGAAUCUUGGGAACCGGCUGCCGAGAUUUACAAACGAGGAAUCUGAACUGUUGAAAGGCUCGUUUGAUUUCCUUGGUGUGAACUAUUACACCGGCAGAUACGCGAUGGAUCAACCUAACAGUAACGUUGACCCUCGUCAGUCCAGCUAUUUGACCGAUGCGCAUAUCAACACUAGUUAUCGCAAUAGCAAAGGCGAACCACUUGGUCCUGAGACUGCUGCACCUUGGGUUAGAAUCUAUCCUGCAGGGCUCACCAAGGUUUUGCUCUACAUAAAGAACAAGUAUGGGAAUCCCCUCGUCUACAUUACAGAAAAUGGAGUUCCAGAUCUGGGAAACUAUACGCAUUCGCCACUGAAAGCUACACCAAAUGAUAACAUCAGAGUUUCCUUUUAUCAAGCACAUCUCUCUUCAGUAUUAAAGGCUAUGAGGUAA